AUGGAUCGCAGUGUCGGUGCAGUGGUUCACCAUGACCCUGCCUACACUUGGCUAUCUUGUUAUACAUUCCAUUUCCUUUGCGCCUCACUGCCAAUUCUCAAUGAUACCACUAUCCACUCACUCGAUGCUGGCGACUCUCCAUCCGGCGGUAACACCAGAACGUUAUGGGACAUAAUCUGGAGUUGCGCGGCGACUCUGUUCGCAGCUACAUGGACUGCCAUCCAUCCUAAUAUUCCGGGUAUGGACGAGGGGAAACGUACCAUUACCUCACGUCGUCUAUACAUCAUGGUCUUGACGUGCAUCGCCCCAGAACUCAUCAUUCUAUGGGCCGCACGACAGUUUUUCAGUGCUCGUGCAGCUGCAAAGGACUUUAACGAUGCCUUUGGACAAUUUGCCCUGGCCCACGGCGACCAUCGAGAUAUAUCUGAGAGCACAGCUACAUCGCUUGAUGAAAUUCCAGAAUCAGAUGGAAGAGAUAGUCGAUGUCCAAACGCUCCCACACAGCUUACAGGUCAGUCACAUGUUCCGGCGUGCUCGGACCCCUCUGUCAGAUGGAAAUUGAUACGUAUGUAUUUUGCAUGGCUAGAUCUGUGCGCGCCAGAACCUGUAGAGCUCAGAAAAUGGACAAUCACACAUGGUUUCUUUGCAUGGAUGGGUGGAUUCAUACUCUACAUCGAUGACGAGCCGCGGGUUACUCUUACACCCGAUGACCUUCUGCGCUUUGUUCGUGAGGGGUCUGUGGACAUGCCUGACAUCACGGAGGCGGACAUAGAAGACCGAAGCAAGGGUGACGUACUGUCCAAAGGCAUUGCCGUUCUUCAACUGGUGUGGUUCGUUAUUCAGCUUGUCGCACGUCAUGUCCAGAAUCUUCCAAUAACGCUGCUUGAACUCGACACCCUGGCUGUGACUUCGCUGACCUGUAUUGCCUAUGGCUUCUGGUGGAAGAAGCCUAAGGACGUAGGACGUCCCUAUAUUGUUCGUUGGAAAGCAACAGUAUUGCCAACCGGCUUAACCUACGUCGAGGCAGGUUCGGUGUUCAAUGAUCUGAUCAAAUCCCUUGUCGAUCUUGUGGACCCCUUCUCCAACUGUGCUGUCUAUUCUCAUCGUAUUCGAGCUCUUGGUGGCUACAGUGGACAUCGUAGUAUGAUUGCAUUUCUCACUGGGUGUGUCGGUGGGAUGCUGUUUGCAGGGAUACAUUGUAUGCAGAAGCAGAUGGUAUGGCGUGUGGCUUCCCUCGUGAUGAUGUGUGCACCGGUAGGUGCUUUUACCGGGCUUAUUGUCAUCUAUGUCGGGAUACGCAUCGAGUCUUGCGACGACUUGGACUGGGUAUUCGAGACAUUGGAAAAGAUCUGGAUUGUAAUCCUAAUUUGGAUCCUGAUUCUGGUCCGAAGACGGAUCACGAUUGCGGCCUUAGUAUUAGUUCUAGUUGUUCUACUUCCACUCCUAGUUUCGGUUCAUCUUGUCUAUUGUUCUGUAGUUAUCAUCUCUCUCAUGUAUAUUCCUGCACGUGUUACACUGGUUGUACUUAUGAUGCUAAGCUUGCGAUCACUGCCUCCUGGCGCAUACGACACAAUAGCAUGGACCAAGUUUGUUCCACAUUUGUAGUUUCAUGGCAUCGUAGCACGGACUAUAUAUGAUAACUUGCAUUCUUCUAGGAUCAAAGUCAGUCGGCUUGGGGGAGUUCGAAC